AUGAUGGCCACCAAAAUAGCAUAUGGAGAGAUCGUCAUCACCGUCGUCAUCAUCCAAACUCCCCGAAGGUGUGCUGCUCGUGAUCUUAUCGAGACUGUCCACGGAGGAAGCGGUAAGGACGGGUCUUGUGUCGAAACGAUGGGAACAUGUGUGGAAGCACAUGUCUCAUCUAGCCUUGGACAUGCGAAAGAAGGUUAUUAUCAAUUCCAAAGAUACGCGGGAUGUUUCGAAUCAGGUCGCUACAUUGAUGACCAAGAUUAUAAACAAUCACCGUGGACACCUAGAGAGCUGCGUAAUCGACCAUUACUCAAACUGGAUGCUGAAUACUUGGAUCCAAUCACUCACCGGUUUAAAGCAGACCAAACAUCUCACACUUAG